UCGUGACCUGUCCGAGGUGUAAGUAUAGACUGUUCGAGGUCAGAGGCCAACCCUGUCAGUGGCAGCAGUCAAGGACGAGAGAUGACAGCACGCGACGUUGAAGUAGAGAAAGCGUCUCGCUUGAGGAAGCGUCACGUGAUGUCGCCGAGGGCUUAGUGUUGAGCUGCUGUACGCACUGUGUUCCCCAGCUCGAGCCCGUGUUCAAAUAGCGUGAACUCACCUGUAACCUGUGCUCGUGUGGUUAACUUCAACUACGACUAGCUACACCAACAUGGUGUAUCUAAAUUCUCACGGACUGGUUGAAGGGAUUAGGCCGCUUGCAUCGUAAAGAGAGAAUCGCAGGAAAGCUGUCUAGUGCUGGCAUUACACUGAGGAUCCAAACCUCGGCUCUGCCAGACUUCUGUGAUACAAAUGACCUUCGACUAUUUGCUGAAAUUAAAGAUUUCACUUCCUAAUGGGAUUAUACAGGGCUGCCCCUGAUUCUGACAGUGUGGGAAACAGUGAGAAUCGCACCGACUGUGGUAUUGUUUGUAUACAUGGCUGCUGCACUAGCGGCAAGUGCUGUGACAUCCAGUCCAGCAUCACAAUUCAGGUAGUUUCCAUGCUGGGCUCCUUCGUAAUUCUGGUGUCUGUCGUUCUUUUUUGCUAUGUGCGUUACCGGUGUUAUCACAGGCAUCUGCAGAACAUGAUGGCCAGGCGACAACAAGAUGAAUCCACACCAGGACAUGCGCAUUACAUUAGUGGCAGAAGCAGGCCGAUAUCUGUGUCUACGGUUCAAGUCCCGUCGCUGAUAACUUCGGGACACGAUUGGAAGAUUUUUCAAGCACAAACCCUCAGAACUUGCUUCACAUCAUUCUCCAGCAGUGAAAUACAACCGCCACCUUACACUGAGAACGACCCUCUUGCAUGUCCAUCAUCUGACAGGUUCUUUGCCGCGGGCCUCUGCUCGCGUGUUCCGCCUAUGGUCCUGCCGCCGGCAUACUCCGAUGUUGUGAAAGAAAACGAGAAUAACGGUCAAAACGUUUAGAAAUAUGAACGCAGAAUGCAAACAAAAACAAAAUGCGAUUGAUUUAGACGUGCAAUGAAGGACGGGAGUCUGAAGUUAUGAAGAGAAGAAAAUAUGACCUGAGCGAGUGAAAAAAACAAACAAACAAAAAAACCAAGAUAAUCUUCACAAAUUAUUUUACUUACAUAACAUAGGAAUUGUUCAUUUCUCAAAUGAGGAAACUUUAAAUGGAUCCUAGGAAACUUUUAUGCUCGAAACUUUUUAUGUUUUGCUCAAGUUAAAAGUUUAAUGAUGUAAAUUUAAA